CAAACGCACUCACACCUCACCCAUGUUCCUUCUGUGUCUCCUGCAGGGGCUGUUGGCGUUCUGCGCGCCGGACUGAUUCACUUACUUGUAUCCAAAUUGAAGACUGAGUUGGAUGAAAUCCAGGAGCUGAUCCUAGAUACGCUCUCCAACUGCCUGCGUGUGGAGGCUUCUGAAGCUGUAGCGAUGGGUGCCAUUACUAUCCUGAAGGAAAAGCUCACAUGCUCAUCAGUGGCCAUCAGGAGCAAAGCAGCUUGGGUCCUGUUACAAAUUGGUUCUCAUCCAGAGGGAAAAGACGUGGUGUCUGAGGAAGUUAUUCCCGUGCUGGUGAGCCUGCUGGAAGAUACCGAUCCUGACGUCCAGGCCAGCGCAGCAGGAGCACUGAUGUUUGCUACUAUUAAACCUCAGGGGAGGUUCUCAGCCCUAGGUGCCGGAGCCAUUCCACCUUUACUGGAGUUGGUUGCUGAGGAAACUAGCAAGGCCCGUCUGAGCGCAAUCAAAACCCUCACCAUGCUGGCUGAGCUGCCAGAGGGCCGCAAGACGCUCCUAGAUCAUACAGAUACCUUCCAGCAGUGUCUGAACGACCCCCGUGAGGCAGUGCAAAAAGCUGCCAAAAUUGCCAUCAGUGUCAUCAAAUGGAAACCGUUCUGA